CAGAAGUUGUCGGGCGCUGGGCCGGCCGGCGGGAGGGCGCACGGGCUGCGGGCCGGCGGGCGGGCGGGCGGAGCGGGCCGGGGCUGGGCAAGUUUGCGCGGCGGCUCCUGAGCGCAGGCAGGGUGCGGGGCCCGCCGGCCGCUGCGCGCCCGCGGCCAUGGCGUUCCGCAGGAGGACGAAAAGUUACCCGCUCUUCAGCCAGGAGUUCGUCAUCCACAACCAUGCGGACAUCGGCUUCUGCCUGGUGCUCUGCGUCCUCAUAGGGCUUAUGUUCGAGGUCACUGCCAAGACUGCCUUCCUAUUUAUUUUACCUCAGUAUAAUGUUAGCGUGCCUACGGCAGACAGCGAGACGGUGCACUACCACUACGGGCCGAAGGACCUGGUCACAAUCCUGUUCUACAUCUUCAUCGCCAUCAUCUUGCACGCCGUGGUCCAGGAGUACAUUUUAGACAAAAUCAGCAAAAGGCUUCAUCUCUCCAAGGUCAAACACAGCAAGUUCAACGAGUCUGGACAGCUGGUUGUCUUUCAUCUCAGCUCGGUGAUCUGGUGCUUCUACGUGGCGGUGACGGAAGGAUAUUUAACAAACCCGAGGAGCCUCUGGGAAGACUACCCACACGUGUACCUCCCCUUCCAGGUGAAGUUUUUCUAUGUGUGCCAGCUGGCCUACUGGCUGCACGCACUUCCUGAGCUGUACUUCCAGAAGGUACGGAAGGAGGAAAUCCCCCGCCAGCUCCAGUACAUCUGCCUGUACCUGCUCCACAUCGCCGGCGCAUACCUCCUCAACCUGAGCCGCCUGGGCCUGAUCUUGCUGCUGCUGCAGUACUCCACCGAGUUCCUCUUCCACAUGGCCCGGCUCUUCUACUUCGCCGAUGAGAACAACGAGAAGCUGUUUAACGCCUGGGCUGCUGUGUUUGGGGUCACCCGCCUCUUCAUCCUCACUCUCGCCGUGCUGGCCAUCGGCUUUGGACUUGCCCGCAUGGAAAACCAAGCUUUUGACCCCGAGAAAGGGAACUUCAACAACUUGCUUUGCAGGCUCUGCGUGCUGCUGCUGGUGUGUGCUGCCCAGGCCUGGCUCAUGUGGCGCUUCAUCCACUCCCAGCUGCGGCACUGGCGGGAGUACUGGAACGAGCAGAGCGCCAAGCGGAGAGUCCCCGCCCCCGCCCCCGCCCCCCGGCUGCCAGCCAGGCUCAUCAAGAGGGAAUCUGGUUACCACGAAAACGGAGUGGUGAAGGCCGAGAAUGGAACCUCCCCACGGACUAAGAAACUCAAGUCUCCUUAAGGCCAAAGUGCUGGGCACAGGAACGCUCUGUCACUGCCACCCCUUCCUGCCCCUGUCGCUCCCAUCAAACAGCAGGAACCUGUCUUUAAACGGGGCUGCCCCUCCUCCUUUCUUCUUGGCUUUCUCUUCCUCUCCCCCACACCAUUCUCAGUAAAACCAAAAAUCUCCCGCUCCCUCCCCGGCCACGCCGUGGCUGCAGCUCUGCGCUCUGCGGGGCGUUCUGGACGCCCCGGUUCUCACGCUAGCUUUCUGCUGGCCACCUCUCCUCCUACACCGCUGCUGCUUUCUGCUUUUCCUUCUUGGACCGUCUUGUGCAAUUUUUCUGUGUCUUGACUUUUGACCAUAAGGGGGAGCGAGGUCCUAGUCCUGACCGUGCGACCCCGGUGUGGGCCCGGGGCCUGUCGAAGUGCAGAAGCCGGCCGGCAGCGGCCCCCGAGGUCCCGUGUGGCCGGGCAGGAAGAGGGAGACGGCCUCUCGGAUCGCAGGCUCCCAGGUGCUGAUUGACUGACGAGGUGUGACUGCAGCUCUGUGCACCGCCUCGAGGCCCCGCCGUGCCGCUGCUCCUGGUAAACGCCAAGGCGUCUGGCUCGGGGACCUGACGACUGGGCCCAGGAGGAUGGUAUGACUGUGUCGGUCCCCCCGACGAGACGGCUUGCCCGUGGCGGGUCCUGCGUUGGAAACCGGCCUGCCUCGCCCGGCCGGGGAAGCACUGCUGCAGGACAAGGCUUCCCCCUCCAGAGCCAGAGCGCGUGGGCUGAGCGGCAGGCUCUUCCGGAAAGUGACGGCGGAGUCAACCCUGGCCUUUCUUCAGCAGCCCCGGCUGCACUGCUUUUUCAACCGUUCACCAGCAUUCAAAACCAAAUCUGACAGCCUUGAGACCAGCCGGGCCUGUGCUGGUCUAAACCCCAGACCCAGGCAGCCCUGAUGUCCUCUUUCUACCCACAGGCCACCAAGCCCCUGCUGGCCCCGGGCUGGGAGGGUCACCUGUGCCAUUCUCGCCAGGCCUCCCUUGUUGUUCUGUGGCUUUGGCACGGUCGUGUGCUGAUGCUUGUUGAGCACACCUGCAGUGCUUUAGGUGGUGUGCAACCAGGACAGGCUGCUCGGUGAGCAGCACAGCUGUGCCGAGCUUUCUGCCCUGUCCCUCACAUAGUCUGUCCCCUCUCCCCAGGCAAGGCCCCCGUGUCCUGAUGGGCCUGCGGGGCUCCCACAGAAGGCUGAGGCCCCCAGAGGGCCUGCUUAAGAACUCCUGAGCUCUGGGGUGCCGGGAGCGGGUCUUGGUGGCACAGGAAUGUCAGUGUCGUUGGAUGGGCUGGUUCCUUCUCUGGCGUCACAGUAGAAGCCAAGCCUCGGCUUAUCAUCCAAAGGGGAGAGAUGGGUCUUUUCGUCGAGGCCACAACCCUUCUGGCAUCACUUGCAUCAGAGAUAGUUUUAAUUUCCCAGAGAACGAGGGGUCUGUUUCCUACGACCUGUGGGCCCUCAUCUCUGUCAGAUGGCUGAAAAGGAGCAGCCCCCGCCCCCCCCGGCUUCUGGUUACUCUUAGGGAGUGGACAUUGUUUUAGAAAAUAGGCGUCUCUCCCAUCCUUCUCUGACCAUCUUGGGCUGCAAAGCAGAACCUGGGGAAAGGGUGGCCUGGUGGCUGCUGAUGGCCGGUGUUCGGCCAGCAGCCUCCUGCACCUGCCCCAGCAGCCAGGCACCACGAGGAGGUCCCCGGCCACGUGUUCCUGCUCCAGGCUGCGUCCGCAGCUGAGCACCAUUCAGCUGUGGAGCCGGGCCUCCAGCAGAUGCACGUGUGCUUGGGCUGGGGCGGUGCUGAGAGCAGGCAUGUCCCGCCCACAGCAGCCUCUCGGGACCUGUUCUCAGCGUGCGUGCGUGUUCCCCAAGGUGUUCUCAGUGUGCUGUGCGCAGUGCCUCCGAGGUGAGUCCACCACCUUCGUGACCCGGCAGCUCUGGCUCCGUUUCCUAAGGCGCAGUGAUGGGAGUCAGAUCUUCUCUGCCCCCCAAACCCGAGUCAAGGCAGGCUAGCAUCUCACCAGCCGGGCUUCACGAGCAAUUUGAGUGGGUAUAAGGGUCAUUGGGGGGGGCUUUGUCACCCCACUGGUCCCUGGCACAUUCCUGUUAGAGCAGAGCCCCGUCUUUGGCAGUUGGCUCAAACCAUGUUGCCGGGGACUGAAACAACUCGGUCCCACCACAUCCCAUGAGCUCGCUAGGCUGGCUCGUCCUGAUCUGGCAACUUUGGUUCUUCUUUCCGACGUAAACACCCUCUUCUGGUCCCAGCGUACCACACCCUCUGUCAGACACCCCACGUUGGGGAGACCAGCUCCGCACCACCCACCAGAGCAGGAGGGCACAGGCCAAUCUACCUCAGCAGCCGCGGCCCCUCCACCUCUGGGUGGCCCCAUGAGGUGGAGGCGGCCCCCAGGCAGCGGGGGCAGGAGAGAGCAGGGAGGCCGUGCUGGAGGGCUGGAGGGUCCUUGCUGCCAUUCCCCUCCUUGGAGCUCGGUGAUGGGAGAGCUAUUUUUACCACCCAGGCUCUGGAGCUGCACUAUUAAUAAGUUGCAUGUGUCCCUGCUGCAGGUGGGGGCAGUCCUUGGGGGGGGGGGGGGCGUGGCUGUUGCUCCCUUCUAGUCUGCUCUAACCCUGAGUGUCUGGGCCACCAGAGAGAGUGGUUGCCCAGAGAACCUUUCCCAUUUGUCUGAAGUCAGAACUUACCACAUUUCAGAAACCAAAACAGUUCAUCUGUGCUACAGCCUCUGCAGAUGCAGCCCCUCGGGCCUGGAGCCCGGGGUGCUGUUCCAGGGCGUGCUGCUGGGCUGUCUUGAGGGACCUUCCUCCGUUCCUUUGGCCUUUGGCUAAGUGGUGAAUGAGGGGGGUCAGAGCAUCCCCUCCCAAGAGGCCUGUGUAAUUGGAGGUGGCUGGUGUGGGGCUGGGGGCUGGUUUGGAUUUCUUUUGCAGCUUCAGCCUGUCCUGGUGGUUUCCCGGGCCUGGUGAGAGGGCAGGGAGGCCAGGGUGUGACUCCCUCCCUGCCUAAGACCUAGGCUGUGAUCAGACGCCCAUGCCUGUUCUUCACAGGCUCCCGCUGUUUCUUGGAGAGGGUGUUAAGAGUCAGACAAUUGUGUGGUCCCUCCCUCUCCUGCCCUCCCAGCUCACAGCCCCAUCUGUGAGGAGGCAAAUUUGGGCACGACUACAGAUGAGGGUCAUUGUGGGAUGCCUUGGAGCCUAAAUAGAAUCCCUUUCCCACCUGGGUUGGCCUGUGAGGAAGGCUUUGCCAACUUCUCACUCUUUAACCCCCGUUUUUGUGAAGAUUAAUUCCUCCCCAAAGGCCGACGAGGACCUACUUGCUGCCUCGUGUCCCCACACCCCACACCCCACAGCCUUUCUACGGAGGCCUCAGAAAGGCGCUGGGCCCACUGGCUCCAGGGAGCCUGUUGGGCCGCCCAUGUGAGUUUGUCCUUAGCAGAUUGCUGUUUCUGUAAGAAGUGCCUUAUCUGCCGUGUGGUCCCGGCCUCGCCUGCACUGUAUGGCCUGGGCGCAGGCCGGCUGUCAGGAGCACCCGGGACACUGGCCCGGUGCAGUCACAUGUAAAAGGGAUGCUGAUUGUGAGUUUGCCUCCUUUGUCUCAGCCUCCCCUGCUUCAUUGUGUUAGGACCUGGGAUCUAUUCCGUUUUGUUUGCGGUUUCUCCCUGGAGUUGGUUUUCAGGCCUGGGUGGCUGGAAGUCAGGGAAGGCCCACUGCAGGCACCUGUGCCUCCCACCUGUUCAUACCCGUUAAGAGAAGCUCAGAGGGCCAGGGGCACUAAGCCCAUGUAUGUCUUUGGCCCCAACAUGGUAAGACCAGCUCUUCCAGUCUGUGUCUCCUGUCACCCUCCCAUCCCCCCACAGAUUAUAAAGAAAGGUACCCUUGCUAAAACCUCUUCUGAUCUUUUUGCUUCCCACUCAACCCAAAGUGUAUCUGACAAAGGUGUUUACUUUGCAGUCAAGACGGUUAACUCACACAUCCCCGUUGGAAAAUGGGUCUAGGUCAGCUGUUGCAGAACUUCUUCCAGCUUCCAAUUCAGUGUUACCUUGUGUUAGCAGCUACCCUCCCCCCCAAGACUGCCUGCCUUUCCCUUGCUCUUCCGGGUUGUGCAAUAACCCUCCCAGCCAGUGGUCGGUCCACAGGCCUUGCUGUCCCUUACUGUGCCCUGCGAUGGGGAAGGGAAGGGGCCCAUGGGAGGGGCAGUCGUCACCCCCUACAGAAGAACUGUUAGCCACUUCCCCUUUGUGCUGUCAUUCUCGUGAUCCUGGGUGGGUUUCUGUGGCACUCUAGUAGAACAUUGUAGCGUCAUCUUAGAAGUCCAUAGAAUGUUUGUACAAUCUGUUGAAAAGGAAAAAAACUAUCCUCAUGAAGGGGCAUUAAUAAGUCAGUGUCCGAGAAUAAGAUCUGGGACACGGAGGUGUGACCAUCCCUCUGCCGGAAGCUUCGAGUUUCUUGUUCAUGCAGAGAUUUUCUGAGUCGGCCACGGCUGGACAGCCCUGUUCACCCAGUAGGCUCCACCUGUGCUUGGAAGUGCCACCACUUCCUUGGGUACAGAUUCAAGUGUUUAUGGGUGAGAUUAAACCUCAUUUUUCAGUUCCUCUUGUUUAAUAAACAUCUGAAGGAUAAGCAGAGACUGCUGGUGCCCUGGGCAACUCAUAAUGCAAAUGUGGACAAAAAGUGUCUUUUUGUUUUUCUACUUUAGCCAGUUCAUGUUCAUGUUAUGGACCAAAUUUCAGCAAGGAACUCAAGGAAAUUUUGUGCCUGCCGUAUUUAUGCUCAUGUAAAAGGUUCUAGUUUGUGUUUUUGAUUGUGUGUGUUUUUUUUUCUGUUGUUUUUUUCUUUUUUGGGGGGUGGGUUACUUUCAGUGAACUUUUUUCAAAAUCCUUUUUUCACUGUUUCUGUCUGGUAUGAAAACAAAUUACAAUUUUGUAUGGAUUUUUUAAAUGUACAUUUUGAAACAAAUGAUCAGCAAAUAUUUUUGAAAUAACUGAAUAAAAAGGCAUAGAAUUAUCAGUC